AUGGCCCUGGAAUCCUUGAACAUCCCGACCUCAAAUGACCCUUAUGCCCAACCCUCCUUCCAUAAUGCCACCCUCUGCGACAGCGACAAGCCCUUCCGCCACCUCAUCUCCCUCCGCCUGGCCAACUGCUCCUCUUACCUCUCCCUCUCCUUCACCGCCCUCAAGUCCCUCUCCACCCUCCAAUUCCUCUCCCUCCUCAACUGCCCUGUUGCCCCCAUCCGCCUCCCCGCCGACCUCGCCCUCUCCCUCACCUCCUUCACCUGCGUCAAUAGCCUCCGCAAACUCUCCGGUGUCUGGCUCUCCAACCUCCAGAACCUCACCGACCUCGUCGUCUUCGAUGUCAACGUCAAGGCCUCCGGCCCCUUCGUCAUCCUCGCCCGCAUGACCAAGCUCAAAACCCUCACCAUCUCCAACUCCAACCUCACUGGAUCCCUCCCCGACCACCUCCACUCCAACCUCACUCACAUUGAUUUCUCCAACAACCGCCUCAAAGGCAACAUUCCCCCUUCCAUAACAAUGCUCGACGGCACAAAAAGAAUUUGA